UUCAAUUCGUAUUUUCUUUUGAAGUAGAUACUUUAUUCCGUUGCGAUAAUUUUUAGUUAGGUUUAACAUGGUAUUCAAGACACAGUGGAUACCCGUUCUGGGGUUGUUUUCAUUAACUUUAGCGGCUGCUGCUUCUGAGGUGGAUUACGUCACGGUGACUUCUUCAACAGAGGAAGCAGUGUCUCAUGAUUAUGAAACUCAGAAAUCAAAUCCUGCUCCAGUUUAUAGACAAAUAGAGUACGGUCAAAUCGCACCUGCCGCCUAUGAUUUCAAUUAUGAAGUUCACGAUGAACAUACGGGAGACAUUAAAAGUCAGAAAGAGGUUCGUAAUGGAGAUGCUGUUCAAGGACGAUAUGAACUGAUUGAUUCAGAUGGAUAUAGACGUAUUGUGGAAUAUACCGCUGAUAGUCACACUGGAUUUAAUGCUAUAGUUCGGAGAGAACCAGUUGAUAUAAAAAUUCCUCAGCCUAUCCCGCAAGAUGCAAAACUUACUUACACUGCACCAGUCAUCAAAGAUAUUCCAGUUCAAGCUCGACCUGUCAAUAGAGAUAUUGUACAUAUUGUGCCAAAAUCUUCAGCACAACCAAAAACAUCUCAAUAUUAUGUUACACCCACUUAUGCAACGACAUCUCAUUUAUCAUCAAAUCCAGGAGUAUCUACUCCAUCUGCUCCUGCAUACAGGUCUCUGACUUAUUCUGCCCCAUCCGCUGAUUCAGAACAUUUAGGAGGUGUUAGUCAAGUUUCAGGCCGAAAGCCCUCAGAUUAUACGACUUAUUUGUACUCUCCUGUAGCGUACAACGAUCAAGCUAACUCGGAGCGACCUCCACAAAAGACCAGAUUUGUUUUGGUUCCAAAAUAUAGGACAACAUCCCAUUCUGCUCCAGUUUCCAAUGCCUACGACUACACCCUUCCUUUACGCCCUGCCCAAGUUUACCAGGAUGCUGUUCAGAAUUAUGGCAUUCCUUUACGCCAUGCCCAAGUUUACCAUCAUGCUGGUCAGAAUGAAGGUUAUGUCACUGGUGUUGGUAUCAAAGGUUACAAAACUAUUCCUGUUCAGUCAUAUUUACCACCAGCUCUUUCUGGUGAAACAGUGUACGCUCAAUACACAAAAGCUCAUAGUAAAGAUUAUGCUGGAGAACUUGCUAACGCUGUCUCUGCGGCUACAGGGUUUACACCGAUUAAUCCGGUUCAACAUAUUCAGACCAACCUUGUUGCACCAAGUUUAAUAUACCCCACUCAAACUCCAUUGGUUUCUUCUGUUGCGCCCAGGUUAGAAACAACAUUAAGUAGCCAUAACUCAGUUGGUACUGAAGAACAUGCUAACGAUAAGAUCCAAGGAAAGUCAAUUUAUUCUUUGAAAGAAGGCGAAUCAUAUGGUCCUUAUGAUGCACCAACGACACCGAGUUACAAACAGUGAAUAGAAGCCAUGUUAUUUCCUUACAAUUAAAAGCAAGUAGACUUUUCCUUCUUUUGGAUAAUAGAAACUAAGUUAGUUGUACAUAUAU